GAUAGAGAGCAGAGAGAAAGCGGGUUUGAAUAGUUACAGCAACGGAAAUAUUGAAAUUUGUAAGACGAUUUCAUUUUAUCUUUAAUUUUUAUUGUGUCUUCGAUAAUUUAUUAGAAGGAACCUCGACGAGUGUGAGCUCGGAAAUAGAAACGGGUUGAGAGGAGAUUUGUUGGCUUUGUUUAGCGAGCUUGCCGGUAUCGGAGGUGCCGCGACCCCCCCUUCGGUGUUCAUAGCUUAGUUAGCCGAGUUAGCUUAGCUUAGCUUAGCUUAGCUAACUGCUAAUCUUUACCCGACGGAUUCGUUUACAUUCUGAACCCUGAAUAGCUGAGUGUUUCAUGUGGACUGGACUUCCAAAGGGAAACCAUGGGCUUGACUGGGAAGAAAUCGGAGAAAGGCCCAGUGUGCUGGAGGAGGAGAGUGAAGUCCGAGUACAUGCGUUUACGCCAGCUGAAACGCUUUAGAAGAGCUGAUGAGGUUAAGAGCAUGUUCAACUCCAACAGACAGAAGAUUUUAGAGCGCACUGACAUUCUCAAUCAGGAGUGGAAACUGCGGCGGAUUCAGCCAGUGCACAUCAUGACACCCGUGAGCUCAUUACGUGGAACAAGAGAGUGCACAGUAGACAGUGGCUUUGCGGAGUUCUCCAGACAAGUCAUUCCUCUUAAAACCCUGAAUGCUGUAGCUUCUGUACCUGUAAUGUAUUCCUGGUCACCGCUCCAACAAAAUUUCAUGGUCGAAGAUGAGACGGUUUUGCACAACAUCCCUUACAUGGGAGACGAGAUCUUGGACCAGGACGGCACUUUUAUUGAGGAGCUUAUUAAAAACUAUGAUGGCAAAGUUCAUGGAGAUAGAGAAUGUGGCUUUAUAAAUGAUGAGAUCUUUGUGGAGCUGGUGAAUGCCCUCAAUCAGUACAGUGACAAUGAAGAUGAUGAUGAUGAUGAUGACCAACAUGAUUACAAACUAGAAAACUGUGAUGCGAAAGACAUUGCUGAAGAUUCUCGCAAGGAACAGCUUCUUAACUCUGAGAGUCGAAGUCGUGACUUUUCAAAAAAGUUCCCGUCUGAUAAAAUCUUUGAUGCGAUCUCCUCCAUGUUCCCUGAUAAAGGUUCACCAGAAGAGCUCAAAGAAAAGUAUAAGGAGUUGACUGAGCAGCAGCUCCCAGGUACCCUUCCACCCGAGUGCACACCCAACAUUGACGGCCCAAACGCCAAAUCGGUCCAGAGAGAACAAAGCCUGCACUCCUUCCAUACACUCUUCUGUAGACGCUGCUUCAAAUAUGACUGCUUUCUUCAUCCCUUUCACGCAACUCCAAACACCUACAAACGCAAGAACCUGGAGAAUCUGGUAGAGAACAAGCCAUGUAGCAUUGAUUGCUACAUGUACCUGGUUCAGGAUGGCAUGGUGAAGGAGUAUGCAGCUGGUGUGGUGGCUGAACGAGCGAAAACCCCGCUGAAGCGUUCAACAGCCAGACGCAGAGGCAGAGUUGCCAACAGCAGCAGGCCAAGCACACCAACCGUGAACGCAGAUACCAAAGACACAGACAGCGACCGAGAGGGAGGGACAGACACCAACGACAGCAAUGAUAAAGAUGAUGAUGACAAGAAGGAAGAGACCACAAGCUCUUCAGAGGCGAAUUCCCGCUGCCAGACUCCAGUGAAACUGAAGAUUCCCGAUCCUCCUGAAAACGUCGACUGGAGCGGAGCAGAAGCCUCCCUUUUCCGUGUACUCAUCGGCACUUACUAUGACAACUUCUGUGCUAUCGCUCGUCUCAUUGGCUCCAAGACCUGCAGACAGGUGUAUGAAUUCAGGGUAAAGGAAUCCAGCAUCAUUGCACGUGCACCUGCUGAGGACGAAGACACACCUCCAAGAAAGAAGAAGAGGAAACACAGGUUGUGGGCAACACACUGUCGAAAAAUUCAACUAAAGAAAGACGGUUCCUCUAAUCACGUCUACAACUACCAGCCCUGUGACCACCCGAGGCAACCUUGUGACAGCUCCUGCCCGUGUGUCACUGCUCAAAACUUCUGUGAGAAGUUCUGCCAGUGCAGCUCGGAGUGUCAGAAUCGUUUCCCGGGCUGCCGCUGCAAGGCUCAGUGUAACACAAAGCAGUGUCCAUGUUACCUGGCCGUGCGUGAGUGUGACCCCGACCUCUGUCUCACCUGCGGAGCUGCAGAUCACUGGGACAGUAAAAAUGUGUCCUGCAAAAACUGCAGCAUUCAGAGAGGUGCCAAGAAGCAUUUACUGUUGGCACCAUCUGACGUGGCCGGAUGGGGCAUCUUCAUCAAAGAGCCAGUUCAAAAGAACGAGUUCAUUUCCGAGUACUGUGGAGAGAUCAUCUCCCAGGAUGAGGCUGACCGCAGAGGAAAGGUCUAUGACAAAUACAUGUGUAGUUUCUUGUUCAACCUUAACAACGAUUUUGUUGUUGAUGCUACGAGGAAAGGCAACAAGAUCAGGUUUGCCAAUCACUCUGUCAACCCCAACUGCUAUGCAAAAGUUAUGAUGGUUAAUGGGGAUCACCGAAUAGGCAUUUUUGCCAAGAGAGCCAUACAAACUGGGGAGGAGCUUUUCUUUGACUACAGAUACAGUCAAGCAGACGCUCUCAAGUAUGUGGGCAUCGAACGUGAAAUGGAAAUUCCAUGAAUCUGUCUACCUCUGGAACAAAUGCCUUACACUCUUCAGGAAUUUUCUCUCCACAUGACGUUUCAAUACGUUUCGAUACUGGCUUUUAUAGGACAAGGUGAUCUGCCAACUUGGAUAUUUCUAGUAGUUUUUUACACUUCUGUCUUUUCUGUCAUUGUUUUUCUUGACCAACAGGCAAACUCUGGGAAUUCAUGUUUUGACAGUAACUUGAAUAUUCACUUGUUUACAGCUUCCAGUUUAGUAGAGAUCAGUCACUGUCUAAUGGGCUGUUUGUUUUCCAGUGUACCGAACGUUUUUAUUAUAGAAUUUUUUUUUUUUUUUUACAGUGUUCUAUUUUUUAUUUUUUUUUGCAACCAUUCAACGUCUUUCAACCUUUGGACCAAACUGACAGUAAACCGUGGGUUCAGCACCAGUUUAUUAGGUACCAGAUCUGUAUAUGGGCUGAUUUAUACUGAGCUUGCAAAACCGCAGGCAUUUUGCGCAGAUAAUUGCACAUAUUAUGGGCAUGUGGGUCAGUGGUGAGCGUCCCAAAACAGUGUAGGAUUUUACUGUAGCACAGAAGCAGCAACUGGACUAGAUGAAGUGAUUUUGCUCACCUCAGUAUUAUGCCUUCAUUUAUUUAUUUUUAUCUACACCCCAGACUUUUCUUUUUUUUCACUGGUUAUUUUGUAAUAACUUGUAGACGAUCAUGUAAAGUAGCGUACACAAGACUUGUGGAUGUGCUGUUAUAGGAAAUAAUCAACAUCGGCAUGGUGUGAUGCUACCUGACGUGAAGUGGAUUUACCGUUACUACCCUGGAGUUGAUUCUUUUCCAAUAACGGCACGUCCCAAAGUUUAUUCAUUCCUCUAAUACCACCGAGGUUUAUUUGCAACAUGUUCCUGUUAUCGUUAUCUCAUAUGUUGCAGCAGCCAUAAACAGUAGUAGCAUCACUAGCCUCUUAAGGUAAUAUAACAAACACCACUGUUGGUCAUUGCUAAGAAACAGCGUAGUGUGUAAAGUGUGUUAAAUGUGUCUUUGCAUAAAACUUCAUGAUAUUAAAAAUUCUUAUUUUAAGAUACUAUUAAAGUGGUUAAAUACAAACCCGUCAUUUAAAUUAUAGCCAAUACUGCUCUCAGUGCUGAUGUAAUACAGAUUAGAGAAUUCUCCAAUACUGUUUUACAAGUGUGUUCAUUGUCUUCUAGUUCGGGUCUCUAGUGUCAAUGCUACCAGAUACAAUUCUUUGCUCAACCAAUCAGAGUGCGCCCGACUACUCUUUACCUAUAAACCUUUUCACACACAUGCUUACUUGUAUCUUGAGGAAUCGGUAUAAAUCAGCCCUACCUAAUAAACUGGACUAACUAUGCUACACAGGCCUUCAUCAUGCUGAGGUGUUUUGAUCUAUUUGUAAACCAAAGUCACUUGUCUGCCAACAAAAGCAUCUACAGAGGUAUCCUGUACUUUCUGGACUGCCAGUGAAUCCAGUUUCUAUAAAUUAAAUGAAAAAAAAAAAGUAAGUAUUAAAAGGACAAAGAACGGAUAGAUACAGUAUCUAACUCGCGGUGCCUUGAAAUUACACUGAAUUGUUUAGGUGUCCUAAAAUGUUGGUGAUUUGUGUAUUGAGUUUGUCGUAUGCAUGAACAAAGAUUUCAAAUGGAGUAGAAAUCAGAAUCAGGGAACUUUUUGAUGUUUGUUUUUGUUCUUUUAGAAAUCUUCACAACUUUUGAGCAGCUCCUUGCCAGACUAUCACUGUAGGAAGGAAAUGUUUGGACAGUUAGAUGGUCUUCCUGUUGUUAAGUACUGGGUCCCACUAUGUUCUGGCAAAGUUUUUUUUUUAUAUAUAUAUAUAUUUAUAAAAUCUCACAAUCAAGAGCACAAGUCAGUCAAUAACAUUCUCAAUCAUUCUCAAAAAACCUUUUCCUAAUCAUUCAGUGUUUCUGAAAGGUAUUGUUUGCUCUGUUUGAGCCUGGAUUACUGAUUUAUUAUACUGUUAAGCAUUGAUUUAGACCUAACUGAUGUAUUGAGCACCUUUUCUUUAAAGCUAUAGUCAGCCCCUUAUUUCCUCCAGACAACACGCCUAGGCUAGAAUGGCUGAAUGUUAUGGAAGUGCAAGAAACACUUCCUCGUCCUGAUGGAAUGGAUACUAUUAGUUUAUAUCAAUUGUCUUUGUUUCGUCCGAGCUUUCAGGAGCCACAGAGUCUGAAAUGUGUUAUUUGCAUAGAUUUUGUGUGUAUAUAUCAAUUUUUUUUUUUUUUUAAAUAACUGGUGCUUCGUGAGGAAAAAUUCACUUUAUAGAAAUAUCACUUUAGGGUUUAUAAAAGAUUAAGAAGCUAGUAACUAGCCAUGGAGUCACUUAACUGAUGGAAUGGUGCUCUUACUUUCAACGGUAAAUACAUCAUGUACUGCGUGUACUGAGAUGUAAUGAAUCGUCACUUGCAUACAGGUCGUCAGCGUGCAGUCUGUGAUGCAUAGCCAGAGGUCUGUGAUUUUUUUUUUUUUUAAAUGUGGAAAGGACAACCUACCAGUAUGAAAGUUCUUCUAUUUAUAAUGAAGCUUUUAUUAUUGUGCUUAACUAGAAUCGAAUGGGUUUAAUCUAAACUGCAAACUCCACAACAAAGAAGUCCUGUAAAUAUUCCUUUGGAUCUAAUGUGUUGGUCAAUGGGAAGCUGAGGGAUGAAAAGCUCUACAUCUAUAAUAAAUCGACAGAAUAUUAUCGUAGACAUCUUAAUGAUGUCCCUGCAUUCUGUGAUCAAUACUCUGUGAUCAAUAAUGGAA